CCAACAUUUCUUUUCUUCACUGCAACUUAAACACACCAAUUUAGAAGCUCUUAAACACAAAAACAAUUUACUUAAUUGCUAGCUAUGGCCAUUCCGAAGCUUUUCAUUGCUACUCUUGUCGUCUCUUUUCUCCUCCUUCAUGUGGCUGAAGCUCAAGAAGUGAUCGAGAGCAGUGGCCCAAAGAGGUCUCUACUUGGUAUAAAUUGUGGAGCAGCAUGCGUGGCCAGGUGUCGGUUAAGCCGUCGGCCAAAUCUAUGCCACAGGGCAUGCGGGACCUGCUGUGCUCGUUGUGGUUGUGUUCCACCGGGUACUUCUGGUAACCAAGAACUAUGCGCUUGCUACUACAACCAGACUACCCAUGGAGGAAAACGCAAGUGCCCUUAAGUUGGUUAUAAAAUGUUACACAAAUCUUAUGUAAUUUAAUAGUAAUAUUACUUUCCGAAAUUUGAAUUUUGGUUAUCUUUAUACUGUGCUUUUAUAUUUGGUUGGGUGAAUAACUAUGUAUGUACUUUAAUUUUAUUGUAUAUUCACUUUGUGAACUAUAAUAAAAAAAAUGUGUUACAUUUUGGCCUUCUCAAAAUCCUAGGCUGAUUUUAUAUGAUUUUUAUAUUUUAUAUUGGA